AUGUUCAUCAGAGCUCCGAUUAUCAGUAUUCUCGUCACACUUGUUCUGUAUAUUUUACAAGGUGUCGUUCUUGGGUUGUCAACAUCCAUUCCUAUCUUUCUAACUACGGCAGGUGCUAAAUGGCGCGAACAAAGUAUCUACAAUUUCGUUCAUUAUCCAUUUAGUUGCAAAAUAAUUUGGGCACCGAUAAUCGAUGUUUUUUAUAUUCAACGCUUCGGUAGACGUCAAACGUGGUUAUUACCUAUACAAAUCUUACUUGGGAUCGGUUUAAUUGUUUUAUCGUUCUAUAUUAAUUCAUUUGUUAAUUAUUUGCAUGUUGCUCCGUUGACAAUCUUCGUUUUCUUUAUUAUAUUUUUAACUGCAAGUCAAGACAUAUGCGUAGAUGGAUGGGCUCUUACACUCUUUGAAACAUCAAAUGUUGUUUGGCAAUCAACUUCACAAACGAUGGGGCAAACUCUUGGACGUUUUCUUGGAUCAUCAUUUCUUCUUACUUUUGAAUCAGCUAAUUUCACCAAUCGCUACAUUCGUGCGCCACUAUCUCUUAAAAUGCAAGAUAAUGGACUCUUUACACUACCUCACUUUAUACGAUUUUGGGGCAUUGGCUUUCUUGUUGUUACUUUGAUUAUAGCGUUUCUAUUUCGUGAAAAAACACCUAUUAUAAAUGAUAACAAGAAAAAAUUGAAACUCAUCGACACAUAUUUAUGUGUGUUGAAAUUAUUCAAAAAGAAAUAUAUGUUAGAAUUGACAUUUAUUCUUAUUAUUUCACCUUUUGGCUAUGCAGCAACUUAUUUUAUGACUAAUAUCGCUUUGGUUGAUAAUGGUAUGUCACGCGAAACUCUUGGUCUUGUUACAAUGCCAUUGGUGUUCGUCAAAGUUAUUGUUCCACUUAUUCUUUCUCAAACUCGUCGACCGUUAAUUUGGUUUGCUCGAUUAUAUCCACCUCGGCUAUUAAUUUGUGUAUUAAUUGGAAUUUAUAUUUAUUUUACUUCUCAACUUGUCAAUUCCCCAUAUAUCUUCUAUCCGAUCUUAAUGACUCUAUUUGUUGUCAAUGAAACAAUUAUCUACGUGCAACUUGUUGCUCGCGUUGGUUUCUACGCUCAGAUUAGUGAGCCACGUAUUGGCGGUACAUAUAUGACAUUAGUAAGCACUCUUGGUAAUAUUGGCCAGAUUGCAUCGUCGAGCGUCGUCUUAGCAAUAGCAAGCAAGCUACCUAAGAAACAUGCCUAUUCAAUCGAAGUCGCCGGUUGUACUGUGUUCGGUAUUGUUUGGCUACUAUUGACAUGGCGUAUGAUGCAUCGAUUACAAUCACUUCCCAUUCACAAAUGGUAUUCUGUAAAAGAAAAUUAUGUAUCAAAUGAAAUAAGUGCUCAAGAAACGUCCGACACGUCAUCAUCACAGAAAGAUGACAUUGUGCCUAAAAUUGCUUAA